CGGAUCUUUUUACAGGAAUCUCUGUGUAGUUGUGUUGGUGUAGUUUAUGGGCUGAACGUUUAUUUAGCUCCUUACCGAACACCAUGGUGAUCAAACCAACAAGGACAGAGAGAGAGAGAGGACGUGAAAAACUAUGUGGAUAUAUAUACUAUAAAGUCAGAUUACCGCGUCUUGUCUCGACUAUUUUGGAAGUGUAUUGAUGAUCAACAACAGGAUUAAUACCGAUGUAAAAAACGGAUUCUGCUUCGGAAAAUAUAAAAAGUGCAUCAGGAAAAAAAAUUACAUUGCACCCGUUUUGCAAAACGGAUGCCAGGGAACUGUGUAGCGAUGGGAGAGGGUUGGGACCGCUCUCCCCUGUAGGAUGGUCGCUCACAGCACCGUGGAAGAACAAGACACAACAUCAGCACCUUCAUCAUCAUCAUCAUCAGCCUCAUCCUCAUCCUCAUCAGUCUCCCAGUCACACCGUCAGCACCCAUCCAAACAGUGUGUGGCGUCCCCUAUCCCAGUACCAGACUUGUUAGACCAGCAGCCCCCUCUUCCCCUCCUGGACCCAGUGCCUACCCACUUUCCUCCAUUCCGCUGCCAAGUAGACUUCCUGAUAAUCACCCGGACGGCCUCCAUGUUGGAACGUUCCGGUUUCUACUGGGGCCCCCUAGGUGUGGAGGAGGCUCACAGUCGACUGAAGGACGUCGCCACGGGAACGUUCUUGAUCCGGGAUAGUCGUCAGAAAGAUGUCUUCUUCACGUUGUCCUAUCGGGCGGACGGCGGACCAGUCAGCGUACGCAUCAUCUAUAAGGGACAGCGGUUCAGCCUGGCAGGAAGUGAGCACUCCUUCCCCUGCCUCUUCCUCUUGCUGGAACACUACAUAAAUUCCUCUAAGAAAAGUCUGACUGUCCCGUACAGGAAACAACGUCCGACGCUCCAGGAACUGUGCAGGAAACAGGUCGUGGAGUCGUGCAGCGGCGACGUGGAACGGGUCGCGAGGGUACCAGUCAACCCAGUCCUGAAACACUUCCUGUUAGAGUUCCCGUACAGGAUAUGAUGUCACGGGGGGGGACGCCGUUGAGGCGGGACUUGUCUAACGGAGAGUUGAGUUUCAGGACUAUCAAAUGAUUCGGAUCGGGACGGUACUUAAGAAUUUUGGGUCGGUUGCUUUUGAAACUAGAAACUGGGUCGUGGUUAGAAAACGAGAUCAGAGUUCAAAACUUCACCCUAUUCUCUAAACGGAGCACUACUCGACAGGGUCAUACAGGUCACACUCGGUCUUGGUUUGGGUUUAUCCGGGUUGGUGGUCGGUCCCUGGGGGAUUUUAAUAAGGACCGUAUGUGGACCACAACAACAAUAACAACAGGUUCUGGAGCGGCUGCAUUAAAGAACCACCAGGGGUGGUUGUGUUCUGAUCCGGGGUCGCUGACCGCGUGAGGUGGACGGUAUGGUUAGUGGACUGGUUCUGCCGUUGUAGGCAGGGCCGGGUGGUUCGCUGUAGCACAACGAAUGAACCACAACAUCAAUACUUGACUGACAAUGUUUACAAUGUUGUUUACAAUCUUUACAACGACCAGGAAUGUUUACGCUACACAAUAUCACAGUACUGUAUGUAUAACUGUGUACUCUCUGAUACUAACGGAUAUAACUGUGUACUAUGUAGUACUAACGAAUAUAACUGUGUACUCUCUGGUACUAAUACCAUAUCUGCUGUGCAGACUCUCUCUCUCUCUUCUAGGAGUGUUUUAAUGGAAAAUAAAUACAGCGUUUAUAUUUCA